AUGCCAGGAGUUGUCGUGUCAGUACACAACUGCAAUUUAACUCAGGCCAUCAUCUACUGGUGGACAAUGCUUCUGAAGAAUUGUCAGAACGCCUACAUGACUCACAAGCAUUCCCUGCUGGUCGCUUUGUGUCUGUGCAGUUCCUGGUUAGCGGGCUCGCGGCUGUCCGGCUCCAUCCCUCCCCCUCCGGGGCCUCAGUGGUGCUCCGAUGCCCCUCACCCACAGCUGAAGAUCCCGGGUGGGCGAGGGACGGUCAGGGAUCACUCUCUUGGCGUGCUACUACACAAGGACGGAAAGUUGACGGUGACGCAGGCCACGGAGGUGAACGGGAACCCCCCACUGCUACGCUUCCAUUACCAGCUGAGCGAGCUUCGCUCGGCCUUCUGGGAUACGGUCCUGUCGAAAGACAGCCUCUUUUUGGAGGUUCCUACCGGGCCGCUUGUUGAAGGAAGCAAAGAGGGGCUUACUGCUCUGCUGGAGUUUGCGGAGGAGACGCUGAAGGUGAACUCUGUCUUCCUGUGGUUCCGAAAAGGCCGAGAAGAUCGACUGUCCAUCAUCAAGACGUUCCACUACAUGGGCUUUGAGAUGGUGAAACCAGGCAACCCCUCGGUUCCGGCUCGACCCGACUUGGCCUUCAUGGUUUACUCUAUGGACAUCAGCAGCAGCUCGGACGAGGAGUGAACAAAUCUUGACCCCAACAUCCACUUUUUUCUUCUUGAUUAUGGGAUAGAGGGUCUUUUUUUUUUUCUUUCUUUCUUAGACUGCGAGCAAAAUGGCUCGAAACUCAAAGCUUCUUUCUCCCCCUUUUCUUGUUUUAUCGGAGCGUCAUCACAACAAACAGCAGUCUGAUGUUUUGAAGAUGCUAAAAGAGACUUGGAAAAACCUCGUCGUGGCGGUCACAGUUAAUCCACCGGCUGCCGUUGACGGUGCUUGACGGCCAAUCCGUUUGGAUCGGAUGUCUAGAGCCGUCAAUGGCAGCGAACGAGUCUUCCUUCCUGCACUGUUUGUGCCUCAUUUGUUACUUUGGAGUCUUAUGGCGGAAUGUGUUCCUGGUUUCACCCUCUAAUUCAUGUGCAGCAAGAACACUUCAGGGUAUUACGAUAUAUGCAAUCAGAUUGAACACUGCAGGAGGUAUCUUGCAGACACUUAAUGCUUUUAUUUUUUGUGUUUUUUAGCACUUUGAACAAAACGCCAAAGAAGCUUUUAUCUUGGCUCGGGGAAUAUCAUUGUUCGAAACAUCUUCCAAUUCCUCAAUAUUAAGCGUUCUCUCGAGUCGGUUUUUAUGUAUGUGUAUAUCUCUCUCAUUUCAUAGUAUCAGGUAUUUAUUGUUAGUUUUCCGGUGACAUAUGAUGAAGUUUCUUGAGGUGGGGAAACUAAAACACAAAAAGAAAAACAAAUAAAAAUGUUAAAUUCU